AUGGCGACGGACGCGCAAACGGAGGCGCGCGCAGCAUCAGUGGAGGCGGUGCAGGCGGCGCAGGAGGCGGAAGAGGCGAGCAAGCGCGCGUACGUGAAGCAGGCGCAAGCGCAGGAGAAGAUGCAGGCGGCGCAGAUGGCGGUGCAGCAGCAACAGCAGCAGCAGCAACCACAACAGCCCAUGCAAGCACCAGUGCAGCAGCAGCAGCAGGGCAUGGUGACAAAUCCAGCUACAGCAUCUCUCCCUGGUGCUGCGGGUGGUAGCUAUUCAGUAGCAGCUCCCACGAGUGGAGCAGCAGGGGUGGCACCGUCGUUGGCAGCAGCGAUGCAGGGCGAGCAUGCAGGGGCAGCAGCACAGGCGUUUGUGGCGCAGAUGGCGAGUGAGGCGGCGGAGACGGCGGCACAGAACAUGGCAAUGGCGCAGCACGUGGCUGCUUCUGCUCCCAACGACGCUGCCGUGCAACAGGCAGCAGGGCAGCAGGCAGCGCUAUCAGAGGAGCAGAUGGCGCUGGCACGGCAACUGGCGGUGGCGAGCAACGAUCCGGGCACGGCAUUGCAGACGGCACAGCCGCUGCCGUGUCCGUACUGCGAGCGCGUGUUCAAGCAGGACGGGCGACUCAAGGACCACGUCAAGAGCCAGCACACGGACGCCGCCGCCGCCACUGCUGACGUGGACACUCCCAACGGCGCGCCGCCGACAGCUGGUAGCGGCGCGCAGAGCGCGGGCAGAGGGGCGGGCGCAGCGGGGGCAGGCGCGAAUGCGCGGGGAGGUGACGGCGCGGGGAGGGUGAAUGGCGCGGGAGGCGGAGGGGGAGGGGGAGGAGGAGGCGGGGGCGUGUAUUACGUGAAGACGCCCAAGGUGCUGCUGAACGAGUGGUGCCAGAAGAACAAGCGCCCCACGCCCAAGUACAAACACGUGGAGGCGCCAGGGGGGGGCUUCCACGCGCGCGCCAUCAUCCCGGACGCGCGCGACCCCACGCAGGACAGCAUCGUGUGGUGGCGCGGCACUCCCCCCGCGCCCUCGUCCCUGGACGCACACAACCGCGCCGCCACCAUGGCCCUGCACCGCGUCAUGGGCUCCACCAGGAUGGACCGGGUGUUGGGCGAGGAGUACCGGCAGCAGUGGCGGGAGCUAGACCGCGAGGCGGAGGAGAGGAAGGAGCGCGACAGGCGCCACGCCCAGGACAGGCAGCGCCGUGAGGAGCGCGAGCGAGCGCAGCAGCAGCGGCAGGUGCAGCGCGCCAACGUGUUCCUGAGCGAUGACAAGCGCCAGCUCGUGCACGCCCUGCUCUCCACUGCUCCCGCUCCUGCCCCUGCCUCCUCCCUGCCUGCCCCGUUCGCCCCCACCGCUGCUGCUAGUGCUGCUGCUGCUUCUUCUUCCCAGGCCGGCCUGGACCUUGCCAGAGCUCGUGCUGCAACCGCUGGUGCUGCUUCGGCGUCGCUGCAGGCAGCACCGCCAGUGCCAGCAGCGGCUGCUAGUGGCAGCGGGGAUGAGAGCAGCAGGCAGGCAGUGGCCAAUCAGCUGCUGGCAUCUGGCUUCCCGCUGGACUGGACAAAGCAGGCCACAGCCCACUGCUCUGACUACGUGGCAGCACGUGAUUGGCUCAUCCUGCACAUGCCGGAGCACCUGCUCCCUGCCCAGUUCGCCGCCUCCUCAUCCGCCUCCGCCGUUGCAGUUCUUCACUCCGCCUCUCCUGCUGCUACCAUUCCCUCUGCCUUGCCAUCCGCCACGGCCCUCCAAGUCGACCAGUGGCAGUCAGGCAUCUCCCCUCAGCUGCGCUGGCUGCUUGCAUGUGGCUACGACGGCCCCUCCGCACUGCAAGCGCUCUCUCUCACUGCUCAUGCCGGUGCAGACGACGAGGUGGCAGCGCUGCAGUGCCUCCAGCAGCGGUUCCCUGUGGAUGUGCGCGGUGCACCAGGCAUGGGGGGAGGGGAGGGCGCGGAAGGGGAAGAAGAGGGGGGCGCGGAGGGGGGGGAGUGGGGGGAAGGGGAGCAGCGGGGUGAGGGGGAGGUGGGGGAGGCGAGGGAGGAGGAACGAAUGGCGCUGGAGGCAAUCUUUGGGCCGGACCUGGCUGUGCGCGAGGUGCAGAGCGGUGCUGGGGGGCUGGCGGUGGUGGUGUCGGUGCGGAUCAGGCAGGAGGCGGGUGGUGGGCAUGGAGAUGGCGACGACAGCACCCCUGCACAUGCUGCUGCGCUUCAUCUCGAGGUGCGCUGCCAAAUCGAUUGCGCCUCCGCAGCAGCAGCUGUUUCAGCCGCACCACUCGCUGUGACUCCCAACACAGGCGCUGCGGCUGCCGCCGCUGCUGCGACUGCCAGUGGUGUUGCUGCGAGCACCAGUGCCGGUGGUACUGGCAGGGACAUAGAAGUGCGGGCAGCAGGGGACGACGCAUGGUGGCAGCAGAGCACAGCGGGGAACAAGCCAGGCAGGGGAGCGAGGCGGGGAAUGGGGGAGGGCGAAGCCAGGGAGGACUGGGAGCGGCUGAAGCGGCGGUGGGAGGAGAUGCAGGGGAGCAGGCAGCACGCGGGCAUGAUGCACACGCGGAGGGGCCUGCCUGUGGCGCCGUGCAGAGCGCAACUGCUGGCAGCGCUGCAGCAGUCGUGGGUGGUGGUGGUCAGUGGCGCCACUGGCAGCGGCAAGAGCACGCAGGUGCCCCAGUACAUCCUGGAGGGCGCCUUAGAGGAGUCCGCUGCUGCACCCGCGUCGUCCUCUCGCCCCGCACCGUGCUGCUCCGUGGUGAUCACGCAGCCGCGACGCAUAUCAGCAGUGGGCCUCGCACACAGGGUGGCGCAGGAGAGGGCUGAGACCGUUGGUGACACCGUGGGGUACGCGAUCCGCAUGGAGGCACGGCGGUCGCAGCGCACACACCUCCUCUUCUGCACCACGGGGCUGCUGCUGCGGCGCCUGCUGGCGGAUCCACUGCUGGCAGGGGUGUCGCACGUGGUGGUGGACGAGGUGCAUGAGCGAUCGCUUGAUUCUGACCUGCUGCUGCUGCUGCUGCGCUUCACUCUCCUGCAACGCAACCUGGCUCAACAGCAGGGGGCUUUUGAGGCGCCUCAACAGCAGGGGGCAGGGCAGGAGAAGCUGCCUCUGCUGCGCAUCAUCCUCAUGUCAGCCACGGCCGACGCACACGCCUUCGCAGACUACUUCCACUGCCUCCUCCUCUCCCACUCCCACCACUUCCCGCCCUCCCUCCUCUCCCCGCUCCACGCCCCAUCCCCCACUCCCUCCUCCUCCCGGCUCACCUCCCUCCUCGCAUCACACCUGCCGCGCCCGGCGCUGAUCACAGUACCAGGGCGCACCCACCCGGUGCGACAGCUGUUCCUGGAAGACGCACUCGCCCUCACCAACACGGUCAUCGGGCGCAACUCCAAAUAUGCACGCAAGGGCGCGGGCAGGAGCAACAACACUCCAGCAGGUGGCAUGGCAGGGAGUGGGGAGGGAGGUGCGGGUAGGGAGGGUGGGGGGGGAGUGGGGAUGGGGGCAAGUGGGGGCGGAGGUGGAGACGAGGUGGGAGACGCGGAGGGGGGUAAGGAGGAGGGGGAGGAUGGCGAUGAGGAGGAGGGUGGGUGGGAGUCUCUGGCAGAAGAAGGGGGUGAUGUGAUGAGCAGCAACAGCAGCAGUGGGCGCAGCAGUGGUGUGGCACUCCAUGCGAGCUCUGCUCCCAUGGCAGAGCAGGGCAUGGGUGUGGCAGGCGGCAAAGGAGCAGGUGGACAGGGGGCAGUAACAGCAGCGGGGACAGGAGGAGCGGUAGCAGGAGCAGGGGCAGGAGGGGUGGCAGGAGGAGGAGGCGUGGGAGGGGGUGGGCAGUACAAGCCAGCAGAGGGCAGGGCGGGCAGUGGGGCGACAAGAGGCGCUCUCAAGGCGCGCGGCAUACUGGUGUUCCUGCCAGGCAUGGCCGAGAUCAAGCACUUGCAGCGGCAACUCGAGGGGAGCCGGGCUCUGCAGCAGGCGGUGGGGGGAGCGGGGAGAGGAGGGCGGGGGGCAAUGGUGGUGGUGGCGCUGCACGGGUCGCUGGCGCAGAAGGAGCAGCAGCGUGUGUUUGCAGCGGUGCCCGAGGGCACGUGGAAGGUGGUGCUGUCCACCAACGUGGCUGAGACCAGCGUCACCAUCGAUGAUGUCGUGUGGGUGGUGGACAGUGGGCGGCAGAGGCACGUGGUGCACGAUGUGGUGCGGGGCAUGGACGUCAUGGGCGAUGCGUGGCUCUCGCAGGCAGCGGCGGCGCAGAGGGCCGGGCGAGCAGGCAGGGUACAGCCGGGGUGCUGCAUCCGCCUCUACUCGCGCUCCCUCUUCCACUCGCUGCCGCCGCACACGCCGCCAGAGAUGCUGCGCGUGUCCCUCCACUCGCUCUGCUUGCAGGUGAUUGGACGCUCAGGGGCUGGAGCUCAGUUUCUGGAGAUCAGGGGCUGGGCGGCAAGCAGAGAGUGCAGGCGAGGAGGGGAGUGCCUUUGGAAAGAGCCAAGUCCAUUGGACCAAGGCGCGCCCCCGGACCAAGGCGCGCCCCCGGACCAAGGCGCGCCCCCGGACCAAGGCGCGCCCCCGGACCAAGGCGCGCCCCCGGACCAAGGCGCGCCCCCGGACCAAGGCGCGCGCCCGGACCAAGGCGCGCCCCCGGACCAAGGCGCGCCCCCGGACCAAGGCGCGCCCCCGGACCAAGGCGCGCCCCCGGACCAAGGCGCGCCCCCGGACCAAGGCGCGCCCCCGGACCAAGGCGCGCCCCCGGACCAAGGCGCGCCCCCGGACCAAGUCCAAUCCUUUGCCAUGCCAUGCCCCGUCGCCACAACCCUCCAACUUACACUCCAUCUUUUCCCACCGUUUUCCAAGCACCAGCACUCAUCUCCACUCCACCCUUGUGCCCCGCACUGCCCCCUCUGCUCAUCCCACCAGGUGAAGGCCAUGCUGCCAUCCAUGCCGGUGGCCCAGUGCCUGUCCCUCGCCCUCACGCCCCCUCCGCCCACCGCCAUCUCCUCCUCGCUCACAACCCUGGCGUCUCUGUCCGCGCUGCACUUACCAUCAGAGGUGCUCUCCCCUCUGGGCGCGCAUCUAGCGCGCCUGCCUCUGGACGUGCACGUGGGCAAGAUGCUGCUCUUCUCCGUGCUGCUGCGUUGCCUCGACCCCGCCCUCUCCAUCGCUGCAGCAGCAGCGCACGCACGCCCGCUCUUCCUCGCCUCGCCUGCCCACAGGGACGUGGCUGCACAGGCCAAGGCUCGCUUUGCUGGUGCCACACGCAGCGACCAUGUUGCAGUGGCAGUGGCGUACCAGGGAUGGGUGGAAGCUAGGGGCGGAGGCAGGGGCGGCGUGGGAGGUGAAUGGGCGUACUGUGAGGCGAAUGGGCUGUCGAGAGACACUCUGGUGGCCAUGGAGGGCCUCAGGCGAGACUUUGUGCUGUCACUCGCGUCCUUGGGCUUCCUUCCUGCUAAUUAUGUGUCUGCCUGGAUGGACAAGGAUAAGGGCACACGGCAUGGCCGUGUGGAGGGUGCAGCAGGCAGGGGUGGGGAGGGACAGCGCUGGGACGUGUUCAACGAGAAUUCGCAGUCGUGGCGGGUGGUGAAGGGUGUUAUCUGCGCUGGCUUCUACCCCAACGUGGUGCGCGUGCAGCGGCCUGAGAAGCGCUUUGUCAAGACAGAGCAUGGGGCAGUGGAAAAGGAUGCAGCAGCUCGUGCGGUGCGCUUCUACACGCAAGCAGACGGCCGGGUGUUCUUGCAUCCAGGGAGCGUGAACUUCUCUCAGGGCACGUUUGAAAGCCCAUGGCUUGUGUUCAGUGAGAAGGUUCAGACCAGCAAGAUCUUCAUCCGGGAGUGCUCCAUGGCUCCAGCCUUCGCCCUGCUCUUGCUGGGUGGUCUGCUCAACGUCAAUGCAGAGAGGCGCCUCGUCACUGUGGACAACUGGAUUCAGUUUGAGGCUCCUGGCCGCAUCGGAAUAUUGGUCAGGGAAAUGCGCAGCAAAGUUGAGGAGGUGUUGAGGGACAAGAUAGCUAGACCUGACAUGGAUCUCAGCAGUCAUCCUGUGCUGGAAGGCAUGGCUGAACUUAUCUCUUCUGAGGGGUUUUGA